AUGGUCCAGAUCAGUGAAGUGAAGGGCAAUUCGCGCGAGAACAGAACCGCCGCGCAUACGCACAUCAAGGGCCUCGGUCUCCGGCCAGAUGGAACCGCAGAGACAACUGGCGAUGGAUUUGUUGGACAGGGUGCUGCCCGUGAGGCAUGCGGUGUUGUUGUUGAUCUGAUCAAGGCGAAAAAGAUGGCCGGCCGUGCCGUGCUUUUGGCCGGUGGUCCUGGUACGGGCAAGACAGCUCUGGCUCUUGCCGUAUCGCAGGAACUGGGAACCAAGGUCCCAUUCUGCCCCAUUGUCGGCAGUGAGAUCUACUCUGCCGAAGUGAAGAAGACGGAGGCGCUGAUGGAGAAUUUCCGGAGAGCAAUUGGUCUCCGUGUCCGCGAAACCAAGGAAGUGUACGAAGGCGAAGUUACGGAGCUCACGCCCGAGGAGGCCGAGAACCCAUUGGGGGGAUAUGGACGGACGAUCAGCCAUUUGAUCAUCGGACUGAAGUCUGCCAAGGGCACCAAGAAGCUGCGCCUGGACCCCAGCAUCUACGAGGCCAUUCAGAAAGAGCGUGUCACGGUGGGAGACGUCAUCUACAUUGAGGCCAAUACCGGCGCUUGCAAGCGUGUGGGACGCUCCGACGCAUAUGCGACCGAGUUCGAUCUGGAGGCGGAGGAGUACGUCCCGGUGCCCAAGGGUGAGGUUCACAAGAAGAAGGAAAUUGUCCAGGACGUGACGCUACACGAUCUCGACAUGGCCAACGCCCGGCCGCAGGGCGGACAGGACGUGAUGAGCAUGAUGGGCCAGCUGAUGAAGCCCAAGAAGACCGAAAUCACGGACAAGUUGCGCCAGGAGAUCAACAAGGUCGUCAACCGCUACAUCGACCAAGGUGUUGCAGAGCUUGUCCCUGGUGUUCUUUUCAUUGACGAGGUUCACAUGCUCGACAUCGAAUGCUUCACGUACCUCAACCGGGCCCUCGAAUCCACCAUCUCCCCCAUCGUCAUCCUCGCCUCCAACCGAGGCCACACCGUCAUCCGCGGCACGGACGAUAUCUCGGCCGCCCACGGCAUUCCUCCCGACCUCCUCGCCCGUCUCCUCAUCAUUCCCACUCACCCCUACACCCACGACGAGAUCAAGACCAUCAUUCGCCUGCGCGCGAAGACGGAAGGCAUCACCAUCACCGACCCGGCCUUGGACAAGGUAUCGGAACACGGCAGCAAGGUCAGCUUGCGCUAUGCCCUACAAUUAUUGACCCCCGCCAGCAUCCUUGCCCGGGUCAACGGCCGGCCGGGUGGCAUCGAGGAGGCCGACGUGGCUGAGGUCGAAGAUCUCUUCAUCGACACCAAGAGAAGUGCUUUGAUCGUUAGCCAGGAUGACGACAAGUUCCUGAAAUAG